GUGUUUGAGCAAGUUCCCCCAUAAUUCGCGGCGCGAUUGCCGGCAUGCUUGCUCGGGCCAGACUGUCGUGAGACGGCAUCUCGUUUCUACAUAUCAUGGCGCUGUAUCUGCAGUCGCCGGGUCUGGUUCGACGUCUGCCAUAUCGGUUUUGACAUUCCAUUCCACGGUCGAGCACUUGACACCUAUCCACCCAAACUCAACGUCCCAAGAACACCAUCGCCCAUCAUGCACGGAAUGUCAGGAAUGGCCGGAAUGGCUCCCAACAGCACUUGCGUCACAGAGAUGCUGUGGAAUUGGCGUGUCGAAGACGCCUGCUUCCUCUCCGAAUCAUGGCACGUGACCAACAACGGCAUGAUGGCCGCCAGCUGCAUCGGCGCGGGUCUUUUAGUCGUCUGCCUCGAAUUCCUGCGACGAGUAAGCCACGAAUACGACGCUCUACUCCUCCGCCAGUUCCAGCGACAACUCAACCUACAACGUGCUGCUCUUGCUGCUGCGACACCCACCAACUGCUGCGACGGUCCUACUUCGACUCUCGGUCUCCAACACGCUACCUUCCGCGCCACGGCCCUUCAACAACUUGUUCGCGCGUCCAUUCACGGUUUGACCCUCGGUCUUGCGUACAUCAUCAUGUUGCUGGUCAUGCACUUCAACGGCUACAUCUUCAUCUCCAUCAUACUCGGUGCUGUGCUGGGCAAGUUCCUGUGCGACUGGAUGGUGGUCAGAAUACCAUACGGUCAGGUCGAUGAGAAGGACACACGACGCUCCUCGAUUGAGGCGGCAGGGCCAACUGGUUGCUGUGCGUAGAUGAAAGAGGACGAGCUGGUUGCGGCGAACUUUGACGAUUAGAUACCCUAUGAUUGCGAAUGAAUUCUUUUUUCCCU